GUGGUUCCAGGGAGCCGUGCACUCUGCCCUCGGGGGUCUGUCCCUGUCGAGCGGAGCUCAAGUUUUCACCGUGCCCGGUGGGAGCCCGGGGGGCGGAGGGGAGGUGCGGACAGGUGUCGGGCCCCGUGCUCCCUUCCCCUCCAGCUCCCGCGACGACACCUCCCCCUACGAAGCCCGCCCCCGAGGGCCCAGCGAAUCGCUCCGAGGGGGAGCUACAACUUUCCAGAGACUUCGGCCGGGGCUGGCAAACUUCAGCGAGUUCCUGCUCUGCGCGUCCCGCAGGCUGCGCGCCGUCCGGGCGCGGGCCAGGCGGCCGAAGAGUGUGCGUUGGGGGCCUUCAGCUCCUCCCUGGGUUUCCCUGGCAAGGACACCCCGAGAUGGCAGAGGAGAGCAGCAGUACCAGGGACUGCGUGUCCUUCAGCGUGCUCAACUGGGACCAGGUGAGCCGGCUGCACGAGGUCCUGACCGAGGUCGUCCCCAUCCACGGACGAGGCAACUUUCCAACCUUGGAGAUAACCCUGAAGGACAUCGUCCAGACCGUCCGCGGCCGGCUGGAGGAGGCGGGCAUUAAAGUGCAGGAUGUGCGGCUGAACGGCUCUGCAGCCGGCCAUGUCUUGGUCAAAGACAACGGGUUGGGUUGCAAAGACCUGGACCUCAUCUUUCACGUGGCUCUUCCCACGGAGGCCGAGUUUCAGCUGGUCAGGGAUGUGGUUUUGUGCUCCCUUCUGAACUUCCUGCCGGAGGGCGUGAACAAGCUGAAGAUCAGCCCAGUCACCCUGAAGGAGGCUUACGUCCAGAAGCUGGUGAAGGUGUGCACGGACACAGACCGCUGGAGCCUGAUCUCGCUCUCCAACAAGAACGGGAGGAACGUGGAGCUGAAGUUUGUCGACUCCAUCCGGCGUCAGUUCGAGUUUAGCGUGGACUCUUUUCAGAUCAUCCUGGACUCGCUGCUCUUCUUCUACGACUGCUCCAGUAACCCCAUCUCCGAGCACCUGCACCCCACGGUGAUUGGGGAGAGCGUGUAUGGGGACUUCGAGGAAGCCUUCGACCACCUGCAGAACAGACUCAUCGCCACCAAGAACCCCGAGGAGAUCCGGGGCGGGGGGCUGCUCAAGUACAGCAACCUCCUGGUGCGGGACUUCAGGCCCACCGACCAGGAAGAGAUCAAGACCCUGGAGCGUUACAUGUGCUCCAGGUUCUUCAUUGAUUUCCCUGACAUCCUCGAACAGCAGAGGAAGCUGGAGACCUACCUUCAGAACCACUUCGCCGAAGAGGAGAGGAGCAAGUACGACUACCUCAUGACCCUGCGCCGGGUGGUGAACGAGAGCACCGUGUGUCUGAUGGGGCACGAACGGAGGCAGACGCUGAACCUCAUCUCCCUCCUGGCCUUGCGCGUGCUGGCGGAGCAGAACAUCAUCCCCAACGCCACUAACGUCACCUGUUACUACCAGCCCGCUCCUUACGUCAGCGACGGCAACUUCAACAACUACUACGUUGCCCAGCCCCCAGUCACCUACAGCCAGCCGUACCCCACCUGGCUGCCCUGUAACUAACCUUGAGACCUGUGGGUUUCCACAGUGGGAAUCCCACUAGGGCAAGGGCUCUCAGGUAGGGGAGCCUCCUUCUAGAUGUAGGCGUUUGGCUUUUAAAGGGGAACUCAGCUCUGAUUCUGCUUUUUUUUUUUCCUUUGUGUACCCAUUGGAAUGGGUCUACAGUGUAUCAUGAGCCAACCCUAAAGGGACCCGUUAUUGCAGUGCCACUUUGGAAAAGGUUAUAGGAAGUAUGGCCUACCCACAUCUUUCCAAGACAGACACUAACAUGGCAUGUCCCAAACACUGGCACGGGGCGUUUGGGCUCUGCAGUCACUGAGGUUGGGGGGACGCUUGGGCAGUGUCUGAGAAGUCGUCAGCUGCUGGUCCUCUCGUCUGUGCCCGGGGGAGGCCGCACAGCCCUCAUGUGCAAUCCUCAGCCGUUGCAUGAAAGUUGUGCUGAUUGUCUGUUUUCUUGUUAUCAAUUUCAGUCGGGCAGAAAAUGGUAAACAUGAGGGUGCUCUUGUGACUUAAUUUUUGUUCAAAGGACUGACUUGCUUAUGUUUAUUCUCCGUCAACAGAGCUGAGGAUUUCUCUCAUCAAUAAACCAAAGCCAGUAGCUGGAGAAUUGAGAUCUGGUUGAAAGUGGUUUAUGGUUUAGAUGCUGUGCUAGCACGAGGAAUUGUGAGAAAUCGCUGAGAAAAAAAAAGUGACCUUUUCUUGAAAUGUAACUUGAAAACAAAAUAAAAUGUGCAACAUAAUGUUAAGUAGAAUUGUGGUAGUGGUGGUGGGGUGACUGUAAAUAGGAAACGUGAAUGUUCAAUUUUUCUUUUCUUUAACGUAAGGAAUUCUUAUUGAAUGACAUUUCUUCCCCCUCAUCAGCUCAUCACUUUCGUUUUGCUCUUCCCAAGACUAAGGUUGUGAGUCUAGAGUCGUUGCAGUAACUGACAUGAGGGUCUUCUCACCUUUUAAUCGGAAACCCAUUUUGGUCACAUUCCAAGUAUGACUGGCUGUUUUUUCUGGAGUACUUUGGCUGAUAUUUUGUUUUUGUUCUCAUCCCCCCCCAACCCAAAAAAAUAGUGGUUUCCUUUUCCAGGCUUUUUGGACAGCAGAUGAAUCCAGGAGUUUCAGUAGAUCUGAGUGACCUGUGGAAUGGCCUGCUCUUGCGGGAAGAGUUCUUUGGUUUAAGAAAAUUGCUUUAGAAUCUCCCCUGCUGUCCCUGUGCUCCAUGUGAGGUGGCCGCCCCUCCCGUCAGUCGGGCCUCAUGUGGAUCAGAGCCACCGAGGCACCUCCCGGCGACUACUUCCGGUGUAUUUGGGAAGAAGCAAGUGAACGAAGGAGAAUCUUCCUUACUCUGGUAGAUUGACCAUACGUGUUUGUACUCUGCACUUUAGAAGGAAAACAGUGUUACUCUCUAGUCUGAAGCAGGCUUAGUAAAUGGGAGAGUUCUGGGCUACUUACUGUUGCUUUCCCGGUAGAUUUAUUUACGGGACUUUGUGUUUUGAAACUGUCUGUGGGCUCUCUUGGAAAACAUCACUUCAGGGUUAUCAAGGGCAAAGAACGCAAUAUUGCCAGCCAGCUUGGUUUCUCAAGUGAUUGAUCAAAUCCACGCUCCAGAUUUUUGCAUUCUCUUGUGGCCAUAAAAAUCCCAAGCCCUGCGUGAUUGCCUGUUUCUUGCUUGAAGCAAUGAAGUUACCUUAAUGCUUAGUAGAAAAGGAGUGGUUUACCUUUUUCCAAAGAUUAUAGUUUCAGGGCUUUUUUCUAGAAUGUGAUGUCUAGGUCCUCUUGAAAGCAGAUCGGGCGUGGCUCGGUAUCCAUGCUGUGGACUAGGCGAAUAGAAGCCACUUCUCAGCGUAAACAGCUCCUGUCUCCCUGGGAGCCAUAGUUAUAUUUAAAUUCACGGCUUUGAGUCAAGGCUGGUUCUACAUUGAGAGGGGCCCUGCGGUGCUUCAGGGUUAAAAAGGGCAAUGAAGACUGAGCCCCAACUUUCAAAACUACGUGGUCAUCCAUGACCUUAAAAACUGCCAUUGUGGUCAGAUGGCAACAUGUUUGCACAAAAAUGAGAGAUCUGUUUAACCAAAGCUUUGAAAUAUGAUGAAGCCACCAACAUAAGCACUUGCUAACAGAGGUCAGUGUUGCUUCCACCAGAAGGCUCACGGAUCAGGGUGAUGAGGGACCAGAUGCAGAGAGGAUCAGAACCGCAUGAAUAAUUAAAUUCCCAGUUUGUCCUUGGAGUGCUUUGUGCUCGUAUUUUUUUUUUUUUUUUCCUAUCUGGUACUAGUCCUCCUUUGAGGAUGAAGGGAGGCACAGAAGUUGCUGGAAAUUCCCAGCCCCCCAAUGCUUUACUACCACUGCACGAUGGCCAUCUCAGUAAACUCUCUUCGCCUGCAGUUCGUAGUCAGCCCAGCUGUUCUGAAGUUUGAGAGUAGGCCUGUGUUCUUAGAAUCAUCCGGGUAAAAAGCUGCCCUCACCAAAGCUGCACUUUGAAGCACCGCCCUGGUCUAGUGGUGUCUCCACCUGCUCUCCGAGCCUCUUGUCUGCCUCAGAAGAGACCAGGUAACCUUGAAUUUCAGGUGUCUGGAAAUUCUAGCUGAAACCUGCCUUUCGUGGUGCUCACACAAGCACCAGGUACUCCGAGCUUGUCCUGAGUCCAGUGGUUCCUCUUCUUUGUGUGUUGAGUAAUGUGAAACUUGGCAGUGGCCAAGGGCACUAAAGUUCAAGUGCAAGUUCUAGUGUAGACUUAAGCAGCCUCAUUUGCUUCAGGACUCUGAGCAGUUUUCUGAUGCUUUCUGCAAGGAUGCAGCCUGUUACCCUAGCCUGCUUCUUGGAAUCAGUUUGAGCAGCUGUGAGAUUGAAACAGUACCCUUUCCCGCUUGUGUUGGCAGAAGAGGAUACAAUACAUUCCUGGCCUCGAGCUUCAUCUCACCUUUAAGUCUUAACCUUGGCAGUGAGACAGUUUUCCUCACCCACUAACUUCAGCUCUGGAACUAAACUACAUUGCUGACCCCUUCACCUCAGGGUUCCGCCAACUGGGUGUGGGAGGUGGCAUGGCGCACACCGGGAGGGCCGGGCAGAUGGGGAGAGGCGGGUGGGAAAGGUGCUGGGUUCCUGAUCUGCGGUCACGGAUGUGGUUUGGCAUUCAAGGGUUUUUUUUUUUUCCUAGUUUGAUUUUUCUGCCCCCCUGGGGAUUUGAGCCUCAGUGAGCUGUGUGUGAACCCACGCUCUGGGGUGACACAUUAGUAAUCCAUUUGCUAAAGCCCUGAAUCUGCUUUUCCUUCAACUUGGCCGCUAGCAUUAGCUCCUCCCCUUCACGGUAGGUUAGGAUUUUAACUAGUACUGCUUUGUUAACUCUGGGGGAAUGGUGCCACUCAAAAGCAACUUCCUAACUUUAGGAAAACCUCCUUUCUAGUUACCUUUCUGGUUCCGGUGCCUUUUUUUAGGAUGCAGAUAGACUGUGAGUGCGAGCGUCCUCUUCCAGAGAAUAAAGGAUAGUUACCCAGUUGCGAGCAGAGGCCCUGAUGCUCCCCGGGGCCUUUGCUUCCCGGCUAUCUGACUGGGGCUCCACACAAGGAGAACCCGUGCAUGGAUUCUGUGAGGUGAAGGAACUGCCAGUUGCCAAGGGUAAAUUUGAAUUUUUAACCUGGCAGAGACCAAAAUGUCUCAGCUGACUUUGGAACAUACUCCAGCUCAGCCAAUUCCAUUCAGAGGACCAAGGGAGGGGUGUGUAAUGAGGGGUGUAUUUAGAAAGACCAACUUUUCAGGAUUAUUUGUGGAGACUUCCAAGGUGAGGAGCAGGAAAUAACUGCUUUUUUUGUGAGUUCCAAUUCUAAACCUUGUUUACCUAUCACUUAAAAAAAAUAGUUUAAGUGGCUGUGAAAGAAAACGCUUGGAGUUUUGCCUGGGCUAGUGGGAGCUGGUACAGGCUGUCAUGUGUGUUUGCCUAGGAAGGCGAGGAGACCAUCCACUAAAGAGGAGGUCGUUAAAUAAUAUGGAUCUGUGGGUGUUUUAAAACUCAAGGCAUCUGGUCUUUUUUGUUUAAUGAAUUUAAAAAAAAAAGAGCUGCUUUCAGAAAAUUGAGUUUUUAUCCAUUAAUUUCCAAAUUAUUAUAGAUGAAAAGAUACAAAUUAGACUAAAUUUGAAGCUUUUUUGUUACUCAAUAUUUGCAUAGCCUUUGAAAUAUUAAUUUCUUAGUGGUGCCUAGGAUGUGUGAGGUUUCCUCUUUGGUGUAAUGGUCCCUGACCUUCUUACGUGAUGCAGGAGAAAUCAUUUGUCAAUGCACAAUGUGUUAGAACUUGAUGCAGUAAAGCUUUGAGUUUGAGAAAUAAAGAUACAUUUGAAAAGA